AUGGCGCCCAAACGCCCCCGCGACGACGAUGCUGCCGAGUCUGUGCACAAGAAGCACAAGAAGGGCUUCCAAGUCGGGCCCGCAAACUUGCCCGACGGCAUCCACAAGAGAAAAGUGCAGAAAAUUAAAAAGGAUCUGAUUCACAAGGCGAAGCUCAAGAAGGAGUAUGCCAAGAUCAAGUCCCAGGAACAGCCCGUGUCCCUCCAGUCCGUCUACGAGCGCGUCGCGGCGGCCAACGCCGGAGAGCCCGCUGCUUCUGCGGAGCCCGCUCCGGAGCCUACCCUCGAGCCCCAUCCGGACCGCCAGAAACUGCUCGAGCAACCCUCACCCGAUCCUGAAGCCGCUCCAACCCCGCCUGGCCGCAGAAAGCGACGUCCGCGGCCCCAACCCUUCAAGCGCGAGGAAGAGCUGGCUCGAAAACGGAGGGAGGAGGCAGAGGCGCGGAGGAAGGCCCGCGACGAGGCGGAGAAGGAGCGGCAGCGCAAACUGGCCGAGCGGGAGCGGUUUCGGAAAGCAAUGGCUAAGGCGAGGGGCGGGCCAGGCGGGAAGAGAAAGCUGGGCCGGGAAAGCGCCGUGCUGCUGGAGAAGGUCAAACGGCUCGUGGGAAGCACCUAG